AUUCAUGCUUGCGUUUCGACAACCGCGGCGGUGUGGAGCAUAUUCGAGUCAGUCAACAUUGGAUCGCGAAACCUUGGAUAGAGGACAUACGAUAUACUGAACUGCAACACAAAUAUGGUCGGCAUGAAAGAUCUUGGUUGCUUGCUGGUGCCCUUUCUUGUGUUGAUCGGGUUUUCGAUGCAGGCAGAUGUGAUAAGUGGGAAAGAGGGAGAAAAAGCAGGAAAUUUCAUGGAAGAUGAGCAAUGGCUGUCUACCAUCUCUCAAUAUAGUCGUAAGAUCAAACACUGGAAUCGUUUCAGAGACGAAGUGGAGGAUGAUUACAUCAGGAAUUUGGAGGAGAACCCAGGCUCGGAUGAAACUGUGGACACCACCAAGGACCCCUGUCAGAAGGUGAAAUGCAGCCGCCACAAGGUCUGCGUCGCCCAGGGUUACCAGAGGGCCAUGUGUGUCAAUCGCAAGAAACUGGAGCAGAGGAUCAGACAACCAGGAUUGAAAACCAGUGAGACAAGCUGCAAGCCGUGCUCUGGGGCCGCCUCAUCACCUGUUUGUGGCUCUGACGGGCACAACUACGCCUCGGAGUGCAAGCUGGAGCAGCAAGCCUGUCUCACAGUCAAGGAGCUGAGUGUGAAGUGCGCUGGCCUUUGCCCCUGUGCGAUUCCCAUCACGGAGACAAACGACAAACACGAGAGUUGCACUGGGCAGGACCUGGCGGACUUGGGUGACCGCCUGCGAGACUGGUUCCAGCUUCUCCAUGGCAACGCCAAGCAGAACAACUCAGGCAAACCCGGAGCUGGCACACCAUCAGUGCUGGACAAAAGUCUGGUGGCCAGCUGUAAGGACUCUAUAGGUUGGAUGUUCUCCAAGCUGGACACCAACAAUGACCUGUACCUGGACCAGCCUGAGCUUGCUGCCAUAAACCUGGACAAGUAUGAGGUGUGCAUCCGGCCCUUCUUCAACUCCUGCGACUCCUACAAGGAUGGAAAGGUGUCCACCGCUGAGUGGUGUCUCUGUUUCUGGAGGGAAAAGCCACCUUGCUUGGCAGAACUGGAGAGGAUCCAAGUACAAGAGGUGGCCAAAAAGAAGCCUGGGAUGUACGUCCCAAGCUGUGAUGAAGAUGGCUACUACAGGAAGGUGCAGUGUGAGCAAAGCCGAGGAGAGUGCUGGUGUGUCGACCAGCAUGGUGUAGAAAUGAUGGGCUCGCGAAUCCAUGGCAACCCUGAUUGUGAUGAAGUAGUGGGAUACUCUGGAGAUUUUGGUAGUGGAGUGGGAUGGGAAGAUGAAGAGGAGAAAGAGGCAGAGGAGAAUGGAGAAGAGGCAGAAGAGGAGGAAGAAGGAGAGGCAGACGAUGGAGGCUACAUUUGGUAGAACUCAAACCCGGUGGAUGAGUCCAGCGAAGUCCACCUGGCUUCAACUUACAGUGAGGACAACAAAAGAUUCUGGGAGUGGUCUGGGGCAUGGCAUUCUGUAUUGAAUCUCUUGGGUUAUGGGUGCAGUGGUGAGAUGACCAGUUUGUUGUCUUAGAUGUGUAUUGCUUCCUUCUAUUUUGGUUUUGUGAGCAAGCGAGUUUUAUGUUUUGCUGUCCUGAAACCCAGGACUGCCACUGGCAACUGUGCCCUAGGUUAUACACUAUCAGAGAUUUUAAAAGUCCUACUACUGUCAUCUAAGCAUCUGUAUAGAUUCUUCAUUGUGAACAACUGCUUGAAUUUUAGAUUGCCACCAUUCUGCUCAAAUGACAAGCUAAAUGAAUUUUAAACAGUUCAUUGUGUGGAAAGGAGUGAAAAUCUAGUUUUACUGUAAAUGUCCUGUGGAAAUUAUCUUAUGGCCUAUGAGACAAGAUGUUAGAAAACAUUUUUUUUCUAAUGUGUACACAAUAUUGUGCAAAAUCGUAAUCUCUCUACAUGUUUAUUUCUUACAGCCACAGAUAUUUUUAAGGAUUUCAACAACAUUUUGAUCAUAAUUUGUCCAAACCUGUGAGUCAGAUAACUAACAUAGCUACAAAUGGUGAGAUAACAGAGGAUGCUUCAUAAAGAUUUGAAAAACAUUUAUUCUAAAAGUUUACGUAUUUAUUCAGCUUAUGAGUCAACAACUUUUUCUAUGCUUUAUGAUUAUUUAAAUCAACAGUGUCUAAAGUCUCUUACAUUGUUAUGAAACUUUGGUUAACGAUUACAUUCAUUUACCUAAACCUUGUAGAAUGUACUUCCAUCAUUCAACAUUACAAAGAACACCACCGGUCCCUCUGCUAUACCUACUGACUUUGAAAUUACUCAAAGAAUGUGCCACUCAAUGUUUAAAUUGUCAGUAUGCUACUUGAAAAUGUAUUUUUUGUGUUCAUAACAAAAAAAGUGUAUGUUACUUGAAGUUCUGUGUGUAUACUUGAAAUACCACUGUUAUGCUUUUUUCUAAGAGUGUGUUACUAUUUGUUCUUUCAUGUUCAUGAUAGGGCAGAUAUUUGGUUGUUUUUAGUAUUGCAUGUUAGUGACAGGAAUGUACUUCUUCUAGGCUGAGCACUUUACUAUUAAAGGCAGUGGGGCCAAAAAGGUCUUGUGUUUCUAUGUCACUUUACAAGGUUCAGGUUGUUGUUUAAAAUGUUAUCAAAUGCAACAAGCCACCCCCGCUAGUAGGCUACCAAGCAGUUGUAAGUCCAUCACUUACAGUAGUUUCCCCUUUGAGUUAACGAUAACUCAAAUUUGUUUUUAAUCAAAAUGCUGUUAUGUGACAUCACCUGCAGGGCUGGGCACAUUGUACUCUUUGUGGUUCUGAACAGUUAAACUGCCCACCUGCUUUAUCAAGGUU